AUGAAUAAUCGUUUAUCUCAAUUAAGUCUUGAUCGCAAUGGUGAUCGUGAACAUUUAUCUGAUAUUGAAAGUCAAACAGAUCCCGAUGGUGGUCAGAGUGAAGCUGAUAAAGAAGUAAUUCGUCAAAUAUUUGAUAUAUCUCGUGCAUUAGAAACAUUUGAUGAUUAUAAAGAAAUAAAAGAAUGGAUUAAUCAAGAUACAACAUUAUUUGUUUAUUCACAAAAAGAUAAAAUAUUAUCAAUAAUUGAAACAAAUUUAAAACAAUCCAAAUCAGUUAAUAUUGUUGUAACACAACCACGACGUAUUGCUGCUCGUUCACUUUGUGAACAUAUAUCAAUAUCACGUAAUUGGCCUGUUGGACAAACAGUUGGUUAUCAAACAAGUUUAAAUAAACAACGUUGUGAAUUAACAAGAAUUUUAUAUUGUACAACUGAUGUUCUUUUACAAAGAUUAAUUUUAACAAAAACUUUUCAAGAUUUUACACAUAUUAUUCUUGAUGAAGUUAGUUUUAAAUAA